AUGCUUCGACAAAUCCUUUCAGCUGCGACCCUAGUUGCUGUCGUAACCGCGCAAAAUGAAGGCAUCAUUGAGACUCUUAACACCGUGCCAGAACUGUCCGAUCUCGUGACCUAUUUGGACAAGUAUCCAGGCCUCACCACAUGGCUCCAAGGACUAUCCGAUAUCACAUUCCUCGCGCCAAGCAAUGAUGCUUUCGCCGCACUGGCCGACUCAUCAGCCGUCCCAAGUGUACCGGUCGACGAGAUCGACGCAGAGGCACUGCUAAGUUACCACGUGCUAGAUGGGACCUUCUACGGUUUCGGCUACGACGAGUACAUCCAUCUUCCAACGGCUAUGCUGCCCCAUGCAGAUGCCAACGAAUCAAUGGUCACUGGCGGCAGCAUGGUCAUCGCCAGAGGCUCAUCCUGGUCCAGUGCCGUAACAUUCACUUCGGGAGACCUGGAGACGUCAGAGAGCGAUGGCGUCCCCUUGAACUUCACGGGCGGUGUCAUCUAUACCAUCGACUCCUUCCUGACUCUUCCCCAGACGUUCCAGCAGACGGCUGAGGAACAGGACAUGCUUGGAGCGCAGCCUUUUGCCGAUGCGGUGAUCACGGUCCCUGGCACCUUGGAGAACGUGACUAUAGAUGACUUAUCCGGAGUCACCAUCUUCUUACCGAUGAACUACUCUUUGCAGGAGGUCGGCAAUGUCAUUGAGAAUAUGACCAAGUCAGAAUUCGAUCGGUUGGUCGCAUAUCACAUCAUCGACGAGGUCUUGGAGAUUAAUCCGGAUUCGCCUCCCACCGGAUACUACUCCACGUACGAAGGCACCGGCGUGACCAUCUUCAGCUCCAACGACUUUGUGUUCAUCAACAAUGCUCGAAUUGUCGGCUCGCCGAAUUGGAUCUUCAAGGGAGGCAUGAUCUACACGAUCUAUGGAGUUCUCAACCCGCGCAACGUCUCAAUUGAUGCCGACGCAAGUGACGCCGAAAUCGCCUUUGCCGGCGCGACAUACACGCCCGACUUUACCUUCCCGACCUCGGACUCCGGCUCGACACCCAAGGGCAGCUCGCCUUCGGCAAUCUCGAGCGCCAGUUCCAGCGGCCUGUCUACCGGAGCGAAAGCAGGCAUCGGCGUGGCUCUAGCAGCUCUUCUGGCCGUCCUCAUCGGAGUCUGCUUCUUCAUGCACCGGAGACGGCGGAACAAGCGCGAACUCGGUCUCGACACGACUAACACAAAGUAUCAAUACCCAAUGAGUUACCCUUUGAAAGACCUGGGGGUGUCGAUUUCUCACGAGGAACUGGUCGCCAAUGCGGCAAAACCUGCGCUCGGGCCUAUCAAGGAGUUUACCCCAAGUGCGAGCGUGCAUUCGCUUGGUCAAGCAGUCAAAGAGACUUCGAUCUGA